AUGGCUUCUAAAGCACCCUGCCGUGACUUUGCUAGAGGAGACUGCAGAUGGAAACAUUGCAAGUAUUCUCAUGUGAAGCCGCGCCAGGUUACUCCACUACUCCCGAAGGAUCCGGAUCCAGGGCGAAAGCACGCUGGGAGCAUGACCCUUUUAGAGAGGGAAGUGCGUGUGUGGAAAGGAAGCAUCCCUCCGGACACAACUACACCUCGCCCCUCAUCAGAAACAAAGUCUGCCAUCAUCCAGAAAGCAAGGAAGCUGAUUAAUACCAAUACUACUUCGCGACAGGAAGUUGUCCAGACACUGGCUACUGAACAUGGCUUGAAACUCAUCCUGGACCUCGUUCUGGACGACUUUCAGGACAUGUCUGUCAAGACAAAGGAGAUUAUCUUCACAGCCCAGAUCCUCCCGCUCCUGCAAACGGUCUCACACCCCGGAGUCCUGUCUUCGCUCGUAUUGGAGCAGCCAGUGGGGACCAUUUACAAUGUUUUGUUUGGCAUUGAUGGUUCCAGAGCAGCCCGCUUGCUGAACUUCACCUGUGAUGUUCUUGCGAACUUGCCUAAGGAUCAUGACAGUGUUUUAAUACUGCAGACGUCUCUUCUUACAUUUUCCCGCAUCCUUGAUCUCAACUCUUCGGCCCUCAUCCAGGAGUGUCUCCAUGCCGAGGCCAAAAGAUUCGAGGAUUUGUUCAUUGCGAUGGAUACUGAUGACUUGACGGAUACACUUCAGCAGUCUCGCAAGCACCUUGAACAUAUCCUCCAACGCAUGGAAAUUGGAAGGUUGCUUCCAACCGGCGUCGCAGAGAACCAAGCCGAUCCCACACCCGAUCUUGCCUUUGUGACUCAACAUGGAACACCGGGAGGCAGGCACGACAAUGACCACGCCGAUAUUUGCAACAUCAGGAUCAUGCCUAGCUUGGAAGAAAUUUCCAGCAGAGACACGGAGUACCUGCCUGUCAUUAAUCCAUUCCAGUGGCAUGUCGCAGGCCUCGAUGGACUACUGGAUCGGAAUUUUCGACUUCUGCGAGAGGACACUGUCGGCCAGCUGCGAGAUGCAAUUCAUCACGAGCUGGAUCAGACUCACCUGAUUGAUCCACAGCGAAAGCAGCUACGCAAGUUUGUGUACCAUCAUCUUCGGGUCAUCGAUCUGGGCUUCAACUGGAUUUCGGGCUUUUAUUUCGAAGUGGAAUUUCCGCAGCCUACUGGACUUGACAAUCAAACACCCCUGGCUCGAGAGAUGUGGUGGCAGACAUCAAAGCGUCUACAUCCAGGUGCCCUCGUAUGCGUGCUAGUUCAACAGCCCCAGCAGGAGGACUUCGUGCUGUUUUGCACUGUGGCAAACCGGAUCAUGUCGUCCAGAAAACGAAAGGAAAAUGGAGCACCAUUGUUCAAGACGGACCCGACAUCCUUGUGGAAGGAUCCCAAGAGCGCCUCCGUCACGCUGAUGUUGGUUGAUUCCAGACAUAGCAACCUUCAGAUCAUCCUUGACCUGAACAGCCCUAAGAGACCAGCCAUGUCUCUAGUGGAAUUUCCAGGUGUUCUCCUUGCAGCCUUUGCACCAGCGCUCAAAGCGCUCCAGGCCAUGAAGCGCGACAAGUUUCUACCUUUCUCCGAGCUUUUCGUCCCUUGGGUCAUCGACGAAGCAAGAGUACCAGGAAUCCGGCCUCCACCAUAUGCUUUGGCUCCUGGUUUUGCAUUCAAUCUCCGCUGCAUCAUGAAGAAUGACGCUGAUUUCUAUGUCCAUCAUGAUCGACCGGUUGACUUUGAAUACCUGCAAGAGAAUUCAAGCCUGGAUGGCGCGCAGUCUCGUGCACUGGUCAAUUGCCUGGGGCGACAACUUGGUUUAAUCCAAGGUCCACCUGGAACUGGCAAAAGCUUUACCGGUGUAGCUCUGGUCAAAGUCUUAUUGGCGAACAGAGGCAGCAACACAGGAACGGGUCCCAUACUGUGUGUUACAUACACCAAUCAUGCACUUGACCAGCUCCUUGAGGCAUUGCUGGACAAUAAGGUGACAACCCAAAUUGUUCGGAUUGGUGCUCAGUCUAAAUCGGAGAGGUUGGAGAAAUUCAAUCUUCAAUUGAUCGCCAGAGAGGGAACAAAAACAAAGGUGGAGAGAAGAGAAAGAUGGCGCGCGAGUGAACAACUAUCGGCGUGUGAAGAUGACUUUCGAUCUCUACGUUCCAGAACGAGUCCCCCGACGAACCGUUUAAAGCAGUAUCUUCAAGUUCACCAUCGUCGCCACCACAAUGAGCUGUUUGGGAUCGAAGAAGACGGCUUUCGGAGAAAAGUCAAACCCACCUCUGAGGUUGUUAUUGACUCUUGGAUUCAGUCAGCAGCCAAAGACGACAUCCGCUCUCGGUCUGUGAAGGAGCUGCAAGAUGUCAAGAUCUUCGAAAUGUCUCGAAAGGAACGCCAGCGUCUUUACGACCACUGGAACAAAGGAGUUCGUCGACAAUUCAACACGGAAGCUAUUCGACUUGUCACCGCCCAUAAAGAUGCCAAACUGCAGUUCGAUUGCGUGCAGGACCAGAUGCAUCUUCGUUGUUUGGCCAACGCAGAUGUCAUCGGCGCGACUACAGCAGGGCUUGCUCGACGACUUGAUAUGUUUCGAAAGCUCCACUGCAAGUUCAUGAUAUGUGAAGAGGCUGGUGAAGUUCUCGAGUCACACCUUCUGACGGCAUUCCUGCCCACUGUGGAACAUGCGAUUCUUAUUGGCGAUCAACAACAGCUCCGACCACAGGUCCAGAAUUACGAGCUUUCCAGCGAGAACCCUCAGGGAGGAGGGCGAUACGCACUCGAUAUCUCCCUCUUCGAGAGACUGGUGAGUUCAAACCCAGGUCCAAUGAACUGCGGACUCCCUUUCAGCACACUGGAAACUCAACGACGGAUGCACCCCUCCAUCGCACGGCUAAUUCGCCAGACUCUUUACCCGCAAUUGAAGGAUUCACCAUCUGUUCAAGGGUACCCGGUAGUCACGGGAAUGCGGAGAAGAUUAUUCUGGUGGGAUCAUCGUAAGGAAGAAGGAGAGCCAUCGAGCGAUGCCAUGUCAACCUCUCAUUGGAACGGUCACGAGAUCGAAAUGACCGUUGCGCUACUGAAUCACCUCGUCCAACAGGGAAAAUACGAAAAUGGGGAUAUUGCAGUGUUGACUCCGUACCUGGGCCAGCUCCACCGGCUUCGACAAAGUCUCAGGGAAUCUUUUGCUCUUGUCGUCGGAGACCGUGAUGACGAUGAUCUCAAAAAGGCAGGAUACACAAACGACGAAAUGACGGACAAGACGGUGGUCAAGGCGACUUUACUGCAGACUCUUCGUGUGGCCACUGUGGACAACUUCCAAGGAGAAGAGGCGAAGGUUGUUGUAAUAUCUCUGGUUAGAAGCAACCCGCACGGCCGAUGCGGCUUUCUCCGCAGCCCCAACCGAAUCAAUGUUCUUUUGUCGAGAGCUCAACAUGGCAUGUAUAUCAUCGGCAACUCACAGACCGCGCUCCACGUUCCGAUGUGGGCCAAAGUCAUUGAGAUACUGCGGCAAGGCAAGAACAUCGGAACCGCCUUGGAUCUAGAAUGCCCUCGCCACCCAUCUUCAUUGAUCAAAGUCUCUACCCCGGACGAUUUUCCCAAGUCCUCUCCGGAAGGAGGUUGCCACUUGCGCUGUGUCCAGCGUUUGGCUUGCGGACAUGCCUGCAUUCAAAAAUGCCAUUCGGAACUUCUUCACAACGCUGUUCUCAACGUUGUGACCGGAACCGUUCGACGUGCGCUCAUACCUGCAACACUCCGUGCCAUGGUGACACCCUAUGUCCCCCAUGCCAAGCUCCUUGCGAUGGGCAAUGCGGCCACUCGAAAUGCGGACGCAAAUGCUAUGAGCCUUGCACUCCUUGCGCAGAGCAGAAAUGUCUUUCGGAAUGUCCUCACAGCACGUGUUCAAUGCCUUGUGCAGCUCCCUGUGAUCAUGUACCAUGCUCUAAGCGCUGCGAAAAGGAGCUUUCCUGUGGUCAUCAAUGCCCAGGGCGACGGUAUCAAGGACCAUGGAGUGGAUUUCAUCCUAGGUCUGGCGUACAAAGAUACCAAUCUGGACGAGAACCCAUGCAUCUUUCCUAAAUGUGACCACUUUUUGACAAUCGAAAGCAUGGACGCGCAGAUGGAUAUGGGCAAACACUAUGAGCUCGAUGCCAGCAACAAGCCUGUCGCAAUCCGAGCAUCGUCCACCCCGUUUUCUAUUGAAGACAUCAGAACCUGUGCUACCUGCCGUGGACCUCUGAGAGACAUCGCCAGGUAUGGUCGACUGAUCCGCCGCGCAAUUCUUGAUGAGUCGACAAAGAAGUUGAUUUUGCUUCUUAACCAGCAAUAUGUCCCUCUUGCAAAGGAACUACCCCUGCUCAUCGACGCGGUACUGAACAUGCCAAGCGACAAAUUGUCUUCAUGGCCACAUUCAAUCACAAUCAGUGGAACGCGGAACGAACAAGUCAAAGUGAUGCAAGAAACCAUCAAAAGCACAAAUGGUGAUCGAUGGAAUGGCAUACUUGACUUGCGGAUGCGAAUUGGCAAGUACCGUAGUCGUGUUGAACCCGAAGAGCAACCCUUUGAAAGGGUCCGCGUGAUGGUUGAGGAUGCUCAGAGACGCAAGAAGACAACGGGCAGCUUGCCUUUUCUCAGCGGUGUUCUCCAGACUAAAGGGUACAUUCAGGCCACAGCUCUGCUACUUCGCCUGGAUAUCGCUUUGUUUGCGGACUUUUCCAAUCUCAUUUUCCAAAAGGGUGUAAACGAGGUCAGGCUUCAGGUGGAUCUACAGAAGACUAAAACUGAUUGCAAGAUCCUCACCCGGGUGGCCUUUGAACACAAUCGAGUUAUGCAGCAGGUAGAAGGUCUGCUUUAUCUGGCACAACUUUGCGGCCUCGAACGAGCACAUGUUCCAUCUCUGGAUAAGGAGGUCCAUCGUAAUAAAUACUUGCUUGAAGGGUUGAACUUCAUUAAUGAAGCCAGGAAGCUUUGCAUGAAAUACCCCGGUCAAACACGAGGAUUGGCAGAUGAGGUGGACUGCGCAGAGACUAUGCUGAGAGGAACAGCGUUCUGGGCGAUUAUCACCAGCAAGGAACGCAUGGAAGUCAUUUCAGCAAUGGCUCAGGAGUUUCAGGGCACUGGACACUGGUAUUACUGUCGCAAUGGACAUCCAUUUACCAUUGGGGAGUGUGGGGGAGCCGUGGAGACGACUUUCUGCCCCGACUGCGGCGCCCCAGUAGGAGGAGAAAAUCAUCAAACGGCAGCAGGGGUUACUCUGGCGGAGGAUUUGGAGCAGAGAUUGACGGAACUGGGCAUUUAA